UUAGGGGCAGGGGUUAGUCGAAUACAGCGACCCUAGGUCUCAACAGGUUUUGUAUUAGGUUAUUCCGAAAAUAAUGGCCCCUGGUGUUGUGUUUUGAAACGCAAUUUUAUCACAGUAUUUUAAUUAUAUUUUAGAUGAAUUUCGACAUACUUAAUAAUUAAUUUUCUACUAAUUUCAGACAGAAAACAUUCUUGAAGCAUAGGCGCCCUUAAUUAUGAGGAUGACAAAAAAGGACCUUCGCUUACUUUUUCUUGCAUGAGUUCACGCUUGAGCACAAUGCCUCCCAAACUGCUGCCAAUAUCAACAGAGCAUGGGGAGAGGGGUCCACGAGUGAUCGUGGUUUCAGAAAUUCCGUUGUGUUGAUGAGAGCCUUGAAGAUAAAGAAGGAAGAGGACGGUCGUGCAGUCUUGACAAUGAACAGUUGAAAGCGAUUGUUGAACAAAACCCACGUCAAAGUGUCAGAGAAAUGUCUCAGGCACCUGGUGUCGGUAUUGCAACGGUCUCACACAAUCUGCAGAAGAUUGGUAAAGUGAAAAAGCUCGAUAAAUGGGUGCCGCAUGAGCUCAAUGAAAAUCAAAAAGUUCGGCGUUUUGGAGUGUGCUCGAUGCUCUUUCUGCGAAACAUCAGUGAUCCUUUUCUUGACAGAAGAGUGACUUAUGACGAAAAGUGGAUCCUUUAUGACAACCGUAAACGAUCAUGUCAAUGGCUUCAUCGUGAUGAGUCCCCCAAUCAGCAAAAGAGUAUGGUGACUGUCUGGUGGUCUGCAAUUGGUGUUGUCCAUUACAGCUUUCUGGAAACCAAUCAGAGCAUUACAGCAGAGGUUUACUGCAAUCAACACGCUGAAAUGCAUGCUCAUUUGCAAAAAAAUGAGACCUGCAUUGGUGAAUUGGCGUGGCCCAGUUUUGCUCCACGAUAAUGCAAAGCCACGUGUUGCAAAAAUGACGCUGCAGAAACUCACAGACUUUGGAUACGAGACUAUCACAUCCUCCAUAUUUCACCCACUGACUACUAUUUUUUUAAAGCAUUCAUACACGUUUUUAAGUGAUAAAACUUUCAGGUCCAAACCAGAAAUGGAAUCAGCUUUCAAAGAUUUCUUAUUAAAGCCAAUAAGUUUUUAUUAACGAGGUAUAAAUUAGCCUGAAAUUUGGUCGAUCAAACCAAACUGGUAAAAUCCGAUUUUGGUACAUCACCAGGAUUUUAUGACACUCUAACGAUUCUGAUAUUCCACCGUCUUAUUAAUGAUAUAAUAAUAAAUGUAAUACACCCACUUGACUUGUAAACAGUGGAUUCAAUCUAGUUCUUGGGUCUCAGAAAUGAAUGCGUUAUUUUAUAAUUAACGAUUUUAAAAAUUGGAAGUCAGUCGAAGUAGAGUUAGCUCCCUUGAGCUGUAUUAUGGAGAGAUGAGUAAAGUGCAUCAAAUCGAACAAUAACAUAAUUUACAAAUGAUUAAAAUUUCUUUUGGAGCUAAUUAUAAUUUCCUUCACUGGCGGUUAAGAUUAAUAUAUUUUAAUACAUUUUUAUAGACACAUUGACUUUGGAUAAUACUUCUAUUUUAUAGUUAGUAUGAGUACAUUCUAUUCGUACAAGACUUGCUUUGUUAUGCAUUUCACAUGGCAAAGCUUAAGUGUUUUGAAAAGUGAUAGCUCCUUCAUCUAAAGCAUACAUCUAUUGGUAUGAGUGUAUAAUUGUAUCCUCUCUUUUGAUCCAUCCAGUGAAAUUUGUGGUCUCAAUGGCAUAUAGCAUGAAGUUAACAAUUUGCCUUGUGUCAUUGCAUAGUUAUGGUUGAUCUAAAUUAUACUGCAGCAUUAUCGGGGAUACUUUUCAUACUGGAGUUUGUGCUGUAGUUUAAAUAUAAUACCUCCACUUGACUUGUAAACAGUGGAUUUAAUCUAGUUCUUGGGUCUCAGAAAUGAAUGCGUUAUUUUAUAAUUACCGAUUUAAAAAAUUGGAAGUCAGUCGAAGUAGAGUUAGCUCCCUUGAGCUGUAUUAUGGAGAGACGAGUAAAGUGCAUCAAAUCGAACAAUAACAUAAUUUACAAAUGAUUAAAAUUUCUUUUAAUGUUUCAAUUAAUUUUAAAAUUUUGCAGGGUAGUAAAUUAUUUUUCUAUGAUCUACAACAGUGUCUUCUGAUUUGUUGAUUGUCUAUGACAUGAAAGUAGCUGCAGUAGCUGUGAAGUGAUGCUGCUGAUCCAAGCAUUAUCCCAAUACAACCACUUAUGUAUUAGUUGUUUAAUACUAAUUCACCUAUUUUCUUAACUAUUGCACACAUAGAAGCUGGAUUCAUGGCAUCAUUACUGUUGGAGGGAAAUCUCUCUAUUCAACCAGUAAUAAACUUUUGGCAAAGUUCACCAGACAACUGAUCUCCGAAAUGAUUGACUUUUAUGCUUGUAGACAGUUUGAAGAUUUUAACUUUGGUCACAGUUUUAAAAGCAUGAAUUUCAUCAGUUUUUAUUUUCUGGGAUAUCGGGCAGAAUCUGAAAACAUACUCACUACUCCGCCAUUUAAAAUCUAUUGUCAUGCAAGUACUCCAAAGUGCAGACUAGGGCCCCCAGAGCUUCCUCGUGUGCCAUUGUGUAUUCAUACAAUUCAAUAAUUUGUAAGUGCUUAAGAACUUGUCUAGUUUCCAAAUUCUUGGCUAUGUUGCAAGCAAGUGUAUCAUUUUUACCAAAAUCCAAAGGGAGCUCGAAAGCAGAAUGUAUUGUACAACUUCUAGGAAAGAAUGUGAUGACAACAACUGAAGUAACAACUGCAAUAGCUAUUCUUUUAUGUUGAUGGACUUUGGUGAAACUGAUCAGGAAUGUCUGUCAUGUUCCACCCUGAACAUGACAGACAAGGAAGCAAAUUCUAGGUACUUGCAAAAAUAGAAAAACAGACCGCCUUCUGAUUUACACAGAAUUUGCAUUUAUCCUUUUUCUCAUAUGGUAGUAAUGUGUCAAUGUUAAUAACAUUUGCCAUAUGAUGUCUCUUUUAAAUUGCUGUUGCUAGAUUAUUGACUUUAGUCAUGUAGUUAGAUUAAGGAGGUUGUUUUUAUGAAAAGCUUGUUGACGAGGGCUGCAUUGUUGAUUUUAUUUAUAUAUUCUAUAUCAAUGCAAGGGCACAUCUGUUGAGUUUGAUGCUUGAAAUCUUCAACAAUAGAAUUGUGACACUUGAGCCAGUACUGACACACAUUGGAUGGUUUACAGACUCUUUGAUGGGUAUACAGAAGCUUCUGACUAUGUUGUGUUCUACCGCACAUCAUUCUUCAACAAUUCAAAUACAUAGUGUGUAGUGGUACAAAUUUUGACAUUGGAAUGAACUGGAAUUUUCCAUUUAACAGAGAAAAAAAAUCAAAGAAAGCUUAUUUAUGUUGAUUGACAUAUACUGUAGACUCUCUUCCAACGGCACUGUUAAAACUUAUUCCAAGCUGGCCUUCAACAGGCACAUCUUACAUUCUUUGUCUCCAUUGUUGAUUGUUCCAUGUAUGUCAGACAAAAUCUGAUGGUAGAGCUAUGUUUUUACAAAGAGAUCAUACUAGAAGAACUUGAAAAAAGCUGUAAGCAUUGUUUGACUUUUUGCUUCUGUACAGCAUUUACUUGCAUAAAUAUGUGGGCUAUUUUCCAAAUAAACAGCAACUUGUUGAAUCCUUGGAUAUCUUUAUGAUUGGGAAAGGCAAAAAGUGCCAGAAAACUGUACUGCUGCAUAUUUGGGUAACAUCAUAACUAUAUUGCUGCAUCAGAAUAAAAAUUACAGUGUCAGUUCCUUUGACGACAUUUGCAGAUAUAUUUGAUGGAUUCUAUUGAAUUUCAAAACUCAGACUUUGUACAUUAAAUGUCUUCAUCAGAAGUGGGCAGUAUGAAAUUGUUACAGGGAUUAGAUUUGAAACUGUGUUAGCUCUGUAACAAGGUGACCUACCUUGAAUUCUGUCCAAUAGUUUUUCAGCUGCUAUCAUAUGAUUGAUGGAAUUUUCCAUGAGUUUCCUGCAGAACAUGGCUAAAAAAUGAGAUGCAUGACAUAAUCAGUCCAGAGAGACAGAGGCAGGCAACAGAGACCCAUCCAUGAGAUGACAGGUUUCUUGGUUGCUGUUUGAUCCUGGAUUAAAUGGAAAAGUAUGCCUACAAAGAGCAGAACUUUCCUGCCUCUAACACCACAAACAAAUAUCUGUAGUCAUAUCUCUAGUGAUAAAUGCUUAUCAAGACACUUCUGGCAUACAGUUUACUCUUGGCUUUAUGUAAAUAAAUGGUUUCCUUGAAAAUUUUCAAUGGACUUAGUUUUGAUAUUGGUAACAACACAGAGUUCUAACCAAAUAUCAAUAACUCAUUUAACCAUUACUAAAGAAUUAUCCACUUGUUACCAAUUUCAUACUACUCAACCAGGGAUUCAAAACCUCCAUCUUCUGGUAAGAUGGUUAGGGUUAGGGUUAAAUUCACCUGUCUGGAUCAUAUUGAUAAAUGGUCUUGGAAACCAUUUGGUGCAUUUGUGUUUAUCAUGCAACGUUACUUCCUGUUGAGAGCAUUACAGAAUCCAAGAACUGGCUAGAUUUUAACAAUAUAAAAGCACUCUUUCUCCCUGCAGUGAGUCCUACAAAUAAGAUGGAAUCAAUCCAAUGGAAUUGAAUUCCAAAUUUGUGAACAAGAUUAAAAUUCGUGUGUAUGGCAAAUUUUCUUUUUCAUGGUGUAUUUGAUGGAAACAUCAUUUGUAGCCAAUUAGUCUAGGGAAUCAGAGGCAGAAAGAUCCAUGAGAAGACAGGUUUCUUGAUUGCUACUUGAUAAAGCUAUAUUUUGUCAUGUCCAUAGUUUGAACUCACAUCCAGAAUAUUUUUCUUCCUGUUGUCAAUUUCUGUAGCUAACACAUAUACUGAUUUAAUUAGCUUGCUUAUAGAUUUCUAGGAGAAAGAAAGAAAAAGGAAUGCAGAAAAGUGAAAGAGGUAUUGAUAAUAUUAGUGAGGUAGACAUAAAAUAAGUGGAAAGUGUGUGUGUGUGUGUGUGUGCGCACGUGUGAGCGUGUGCGCGCAUGUGUGCAUGUGUGUGUGUGUGUGUGUGUGUGUGUGUGUGUAUGUGUGUGAGAGAGAGAGAGAGAGAGAGAGAGAGAGUAGGAAGACGGUAAAAAUAAUUUGAUAAAUGAAAUGGUAAAGAAGAGAAGAUAAAAAGGCAAAAAAUAGACUGCAAAAGUGAGAAAGGAAAGAAAAUGAGUGAAAGUAGCAAAACUGUCCAACAAGGAGUGAGGAGUGAAGUAGAACAGUAAAGGAAAUCAGUUACUAUAGUGACAGAGGAGGAGGAAGAGGAGGAGGAGAAGGAGACAAUAAAAACAAACAAAAGAAAACUGGGAGACGAUAAGGGUGGAUGAUUGGUUAGGUUUGCUCUCAUACACACAUUUUUGCACUGUGUUUCUUCUUACACCAAUGACAAUUCACCUUCCUUUUCUUAUGAAAUAAAUAAAAUUAAAUAUUUGACAAGGCUUUAGUAUUGAUACAAUUGACUAAAACCAUUAAUGAUGAUCCAGUAUGACCAUUGUCCAUUGAGGAAUACUAGGAAAAGAAAAGAAUAGUGUCAUUUCUUUGUUAAGCCAGCUAUCCUUACACAAUAGAACUGACAUAUUAAAUGCUGUCUGUGCUAGUAAAGCAAGAAGUAGGAUAUGAUAUAAACCUUCUUUGUUAUCUAGAGAAACUUAAGCACAAUUAGAAAAUUUUAUAAUUCGCUUGAAAUAAAUAUUAUAAAUGAUGUAUAUAUGUGUGACUAAUACUACAAUUUGCAGAUAUAUACUUUACUUUAAUCCUUUCAAGAUAAAAUUGAGUAAAUGGCUGUUUGAUAAGACAGAAAUUUCUUAAAUUCACUCCUAUAUACUAGAAGUCAUUGCACUUCUACUACAUAACUAUUCUCUUAUCUAGGUCAUACGAAACUGAACCUCUGAUAUCAUAUCACAUGUCUAAUCUAUUAUGUUUUAAAAUACAAAGUUUAUUUAUUGUCACCACUGUUAUUUGAAAGCAGAAAUAGAAGCUAGUUGGUUAGUAUAUUAAAUCUUACCAACCAGAGCAUUAUCACUGUAAUAAUUCUAAGACAAGCUUAAAACGAACAUUUCUGUCAAAAAAUCUUUAAAAAUGUCAUCAAUAGAUACAAUGUUAACUGAGUUUUUUAAUGGAAAUAUAUCUAACUGCAACAACACAAGUAGUGUGGCUGUCAGUUCUAUUGCUUAUAAUUUUGCUUUUAAUUCAGUAAUAUGGAUUGUCUGUUUGAUAAUAUUUUCAUUCAUACCAAAACUGAUUAAAAAUUAUCGUCAGAACGAAGCUUCAUGUAUCAGUCCAUCUUCUAAUACUUUAACAGAUUUAUCAUCUGUCAAUGAAUUGCAUUUGAGUGGUGAAUCAACAACAGCCGAGACUUCAUUUCCAGAACAUCUUCGUCAAACAGAUCAAUUCACUUCCUGGCUCCGAGUUUUCUGGCGGCUCACUGACAAGGAUAUCGCACAAAAAUGUGGGCCAGAUGCUAUAGCUUAUUUGCGUUUUCAAAGGUAUUUGAUUGGUUACCUUUUCUUCAUAUUAUUUCUCACUGUUGUGAUAAUCUUACCCGUUAAUUAUACAGGAGGACAAUUUGCAUCUAACGAUCUUAGUAGUACAACAACAAUUAAUGUUCACUCCAAUCUUCUUUGGCUACAUGUCACAAUUUCCCUGUUAUAUUUACUAGCAACCAUAUUCUUGCUGCUUCGUUUAUCACAGCAUUUAUGGACAAGUAAUAAAUCAAAUACCUUGCUGAUAAGUAAUAUCCCUCGGGUUGAAAACAGCAAGAAUUUGAUUGAAUUGCAUUUGAACAGAGCAUAUCCGAAUAUAACUGUUGAAAAAAUAGUAAAUGUGUAUGAUACCAGAAAAAUCUUGGAAUUAGACCAAAAACUUCAAAAAAUCCGUCAUUUCAAAGAGCAUUACCAAAAUGUUCUAAACGUGGAAACCUAUCAAGAAUCUGACAUCAAAGAAAAUGUUGACUGUACAAGUUUUAGAAAUAAUCAUAUAAACAAUCUUGAAGAAACAGAGGAAGCAAUCUUAUCAGAAAGAGCCAUGGAAAGUGAGAAACUUAAAGAAAAAUCACUGGGGAUAGUAUUUGUGAAAUUAGCUUCAGUAGAAGAGGCAAAAUAUAUAUAUUCAUCUUUUUAUUUAUUUUGCAAAUGCAAACGUCCUGUCAUCCCAUCAGAAUUUAGUGAUGUACUACGAGUCAAAAAGUGGCGAAUAAGGUAUGCUCCACCUAAGGAAGAUAUUAUCUGGCAAAAUAUGCCUACCUCACAUUUUUCUAAAUUUAUUAGAAAAGUAAUAGUUGUAGUUAUUUUGUUUUUUGUCUGUAUAGUUGUUACAAGUCCUACUCUUGUUACAUCUUUUUUUGAAAAAAUUAACAAAACAAAAUCUUCCUUGUUAGAUAUUAUACAAAGUUUUCUGCUUAAAUUUAUGGUUAAUCUACUACCAAUGAUUGUAACUGCUGCAGUUGCCUUUCUAAGGAGUUGGACAAAAAGUUCAAAACAGAAAAAAACCAUUAUAGCUUUGUUUAUAACACUUUUAUUUGCAGUUCUAAUCUUACCAUCACUGGGUCUGACAGCAUAUGAUUUUCUGUCCAAAUCUGUGAAUAUACAGUCGAAAAUGCAUUGUAUGUUCACAAUGGUAAACAAUGUUUUGUUUGUGAACUAUGUCAUAGUUUCAGCAUUCACUGGCACUGGUCUCGAACUUCUUCGAAUUUCUGAAUUACUAAAACUACUGUGGCGUUACUUGACAAUCCGUUCAAUUGCAAAGAGAAGUACGUUAAGAGAAUAUGAUACCAUUGAAUUUGAUUUUGGUGAACAAUAUGCAUGGAUUCUCUGCCUGUUCUCUGUGGUCAUUACUUACAGCAUACUCUUCCCAAUUAUUUCAAUAUUUGGAUGUCUCUAUAUCAUUCUCAAAUAUUGUGUCGAUCGUUACAACUUGUAUUUUAUUUACAGGAAGUCAUAUGUUCACAAAACCGUACACUUGUCAGCAACAAACCUGAUGGCUUUAACGUCCACACUACCUCAAUUCUGCAUCUUGGAAUUCACUCUCCUGGUAACUUCAGAUAAUCACUUGCCUCCACAUGUAUUUUACUACUCUUUAGCUGUGCUUGUGCUCAGCUUGACUGUGUCUAUAUCCAUCAUUGCAUGGUUUUAUUUUAAGCAACAACAAGUCAUCAUGUUUGUCAACCGUCUGACCAAUGGAUGUUGUUGCGUCAGUGAACCAAAACUAAGCAGUACUCAAUGCAACUAUGGUUCAAUAAGCAAUUCUUGAUAAUGGAUUAACUUUCAUCCAGUGUGAAAGUCUCUGUGUGUCAUGGAUGAGAAUGUGUGUGCAACUUGUUUUAGUCAGUGUGGAUAUGAAAUCGCUUUCAUACAUAUUUGCAUAGAUAAUUUCGUUGGUUCCAAGUCACUUGAUUACAACCAUAAUUAAUCUGAUACUCAUUUCUCAAAGUCUAAAACAUAGUUGCCAAAAAUCUAUUUUAGAGAGUUAUGUCCCAUUAAUGACAUGAGUGACAUUGUGUGUGUGAGGGAUCUAUUUAUCUACCUAUCUAUCUGUCUGUCUGUCCACUCACUUGGCUUUCUCUCUGCUUGCCUUCCUGCCGGCCUGUCUGUAAACGUACACACACACACACACACACACACACACACACACACACACACACGUGUUCAAGCCAAAAUGGUGCAUAAAUAUAUGGUGGACACUCAUAAGAGAAGCAGGUUUUCCAUAUGAAAAACCUGUUUCUCUUAUGUGUCCAUAGCUUGCAUUGAGUACACCACAUGGAGUUUUUCCAGAUACCUUUUCUUCAUAUCAAGCCCCACUUCUCCCAAAGUUUCAGGCCUUGUGCCUG